AUGCGUCUCAUCAUCCGCGACAGCCCCGCCUCAGUCGGCGAGUACAUUGCCGAGUACAUCGCCAAGCGGAUAACGGACUUUGCGCCGACGGCGGACAGGCCGUUCGUGAUCGGCCUCCCCACCGGCUCGUCCCCCAUCCCGACGUACAAGCACCUCAUCAAGCUCGUCAAGGCCGGCAAGCUCUCCUUCAAGCAUGUCGUCUCCUUCAACAUGGACGAGUACGUCAGCCUCCCUGAGGACCACCCCGAGUCCUACCACACCUUCAUGUUCCGCGAGUUCUUCUCCCACAUUGAUAUCCCGCCGGAGCAGGUAAACAUCCUCAACGGGAACGCGCCCGACCUCAUCGCAGAGUGCAACGCGUACGAGGAGAAGAUCAAGAAGUACGGCGGUAUUGAGCUCUUCCUCGGUGGCAUAGGCGAGGACGGCCAUAUCGCCUUCAAUGAGCCUGGCUCCUCCCUCGCCUCGCGCACGCGCAUCAAAACGCUCGCGUACGACACCAUCCUCGCGAACGCGCGCUUCUUCAACAACGACGUCGCCGCCGUGCCGCGCAUGGCGCUCACCGUCGGCGUCGCGACCGUGCUCGACGCGCGCGAGGUCGUCGUCGUCGUCUCCGGCCAGCGCAAGGCCCUCGCGCUCCGCAAGGCCAUCGAGGACGGCGUCAACCACAUGUGGACCCUCUCCGCCCUCCAGAUGCACCCCUGGGCCCUCAUCGUCGUCGACGAGGAUGCCACCGCCGAGCUCCACGUCAAGACGGUCAAGUACUUCAAGUCCAUCGAGCGCGUCCAGGACGAGGUCGAGGCCAUGCACGCAAAGUUCAAGAAGGACGGCAACGUCGACCAGCCCGGCACCAUGGAUGCUUAG